AAAAAGAGAAUUUUGGUUUCGUUAUAUAAAAUUUAAAGUUAAUUUUGGGAGAAACGAAAAGCUUUUUCGAAAUAUUCCAGGCGAAGAUACAGGUGAACUGUCACAAGCUAUCAUGGUAAAUGUACUAUUCUUAAUAUAUAAAUACCACCUGAUGCCAAUAUACGACCUCAACAAUAAUCCAGUAUCAAAUACGACUCAAACUCCAUUAAGAUUUAAAUUUUUCUUUCCGAAUUUGUUUUCGUAACUAAAGAUACUACUACCUUGUUAGUCAACUGUUAAAAUAAUUUGAGUCAACAUUCAAAUUUCCAAAACGACGUCAUUUCAACUUUUUUUAUUUUUGAAAUUUUUUUUUAAGUGAUUCAAACCCUUGCAAAGUAACUUUAGAGCAAUAUUAUUGGGGUUUUUGGUUCAAUCUUUAAGGGGAAGGGACUUACAAAAACACCAAAAUCGAAGGGAAAUGUCCCUAAAUAAGAAGUCUUUUAGUUUGGUCCUUGUACUGUUCGCGGGCUUCACGGACACGUGGCGGCCCGUGAUUGGUUCGUUUUUAAUUUUUUUUUAAUCGAAAAAAAUAAACAAAUAAGGACACUUACCAAUAAUGAUGGUCUUACGAGCUAACGAAUUUACUACUGAACCAAAGUAAAGUUUAUAGUAGACGUAUGCAGUAAAUAUUAUAUCGAUAAGUUUUCGUUGGAAUUCAAACUCUUCAAAACAAUGGUUGCUUCCCAUCUAUGGAGCGCUCUUGUCCGCUUGUAAUGUUCACGGAGAAGUUAGUAUUUUAAGGAGGUAGCGAAGAAGAUUAUAGAAACAGGUACGGAUGAUGCUGGGACCUAUGUAAUGAUGUCUAAUCUAUAUUCGGCGAGUGGGAAAGGGGAGGAAGCUGUAGAGAUGAGAAUGAAGAUGAAGAUGAAGAUGAAGAAGAGAGAGUUGAAGAAACAGCCGAAAUACAGUUGGAUUACGGUUGGGAACCAGAUGCAUACUUUUAUAGUUGCAGAUAUGUCUCAUCUUCUGUUUGAAGCCCUUGGUUCUGUAGUAACCGAUCUUGGCAACAAAAUGAGGAUGAACAUGACUACAGAAGCGGUAGAAUAUGAGUUCUUGGCUAUUUGAAUUCCUUCUGCAUACCACAGCAAGCUACCACUUUUUGUCUGAUUCGAGAUUUUUACAAUUGUAACGGUCAUUCAUUCUUCUAUGUUAUAUAAAAUGUUGGGUGAUCAGUAUCUGUUACUUCAUUAUCCAGGCUGACACCUCGAAUUUGUCUUGCCUUGUGGAGUGAAACCAUAGGGCGUGUUCCGAGCAGUUGCAGUUAUGUAUUUUGCAUAUGGAGGGUUAGAUAGUAUAUUGAGAAUCAUGAAGAUAUAAAACAUAAUUGUGAAUAUUAUUAUUGAGAUAUGUAUAUAUUUAGUUAAAGAAACUAGGCUUAACGUUUAUAUUCUUAUAUUCAUAUAUAAGUUGUACAUCUAUGUAUAAGCUUUAUCAUUAUGAGAGUCAAUAUACAAUUCUUCUAAUCUUUUACUCUUACCAUUCUCUACAGUAUACCCAUUAGGUUAACAAGGUUCAACGUGAGUAAUCACACUGAUAUACUGUUUGAUGGCAUUGUCCUUGAGUAUGAUGCAGAAGUACGCAGAUAUUGAUCCAAACGUAGCUUACUCGGUAGCGUUCCAGAGCGUUUGAAUGAAGUGGAAAACGGACUUGGUGCGCUCAAAGGGAUGACAACAGUUCUUCUAGUAGAAGCAUUGGGACAAGCACGAUACAUUACUCACAUAGCAACGGAUCCACAUGAACAUGAUCCCACCUGUAUUUGUCCCUGGUCCAUCCAAACACCGGAAAACCUAUAUAAAUGUUAAUCUCCUUGUAACGAUUCCAAGUGCUCUCAUCGCUUUCUUCUUGGGUUUAUUUAAACAUGAAACAGAGUAUGGAGACAGAAGAAAGAAAGCAAGGAGUAAAAGUACAAUUGAUUCCUAAACAGAGUCUAGUCUGCGUUCCAUGAACUGAUCUAGAUUACAAUCUUUGAGUCCAUAGUCUCUUCCAGUGUUCAAAUACAACCAGUUUUUCCUUUCUUUAUUAUCAAUAAACAAAUCAGAAUUUCUGUAUGAAAUAUAUUAGGAUUUGUUGAUGCAAUGUCCAAAAGCUUUCAUAGCUCAGUUGGUUAGAGCACCCGUUUAGUAAGCGGGAGGUCUUGAGUUCAACUCUCAAUGAAAGCACAUUUUGUAUAUGUUUUUUGCACUGCAUAUUUAAAUUUUGUAUAUUUUUUGCAUUGUAUAUAACUUUCAGAAUAAUAGAGUGACGCCACAAAAUUUUGAUUCUUGACAAAAAAUAACUGUACACAUACUAUAAUCCAAACAAGAUUCAACUGCAUAUUUAAAUUUUGUAUAUUUUUUGCAUUGCAUAUAGCAUAUUUUAAAAUUUUUGUAUAUGUUUUUGCACUGCAUAUUUAAAUUCUCUAUAUUUUUUGCAUUGCAUAUAACUUUCAGAAUAAUAGAUUGACGCCACAGAAUUUUGAUUCUUGUCAAAAAAAAAACUUGUUUAAACUUGUCUUUUUAUAAGACUGAGGGGCUAAAAAAUUUCAUCGAUUCUAAGUUCAUAAUUGAUGUCAGGUCCGCCAUAACAUUAACCAACAGUCCAAGAAGUCUCGUAUGAUUCAAGAAAUGCCCACAAACAACAACAACAGAAACUCUCGAACACCUCCGCGAUCAAUGAGGAGUAUGGUGGGAUAAGUCAUAAGGACAGUUGGGAUUGAAGUUUUUCUCCAACAAGCUGACCAUGAAACUGCCGUAGUCCCGAAAGAAACUAAAUUUGAAUGCUUUUAAAUGUCCAUAGAGGCAUCCAAACAUAUUCGAACUUAUAUUAAAUUUGUGUCGGUGAGAGUAAUAGGCAAGAUCCACAUUUUAAAAAGAAAUGUUCUAAGAAAAUAUAUAUUCAUAACCACAUUUUAUUAGUAUUAGGGCUGUUCGUUUGGUUGCCGCAGGUACCGGCGGCAGCGGCAGCGUCAACAUUCUGCGUCAACUCUUGUUCGUUUCGUUGACGCAGGAACCGGCGGCAGCGGCAGCGUCCGAACGCUGCGUCCUGCGGCUGACGCCGAUAAAACCUGCGGUCGCGAUAUGAUAUGCGGCAGCGUCAGCGUCAGCGAAACGAACAACAACUGUCCUCAUUGACGCUGCUGCCGCCGCUGACGCCGAAACCUGCGGCAACCAAACGAACAGGGCUAUUAUUAUUAAAUUAAGGAGUGGCCUUCUCACGAAACAUCACCACGAGCCCUUUGAUGGUGCUCCAAUAUCGAGCUGCACUUACUUCCAUGCACACCAGCUAAUUUUCACGUGUCCAUAUUCGUAUUUAAAUAUAUACAUGUAAUGGUGGUCUAUUUAAAUAUAUACAUGUACUGAUGGUCUAACAUGUCUGCGUCAACUCUCAACACAUCUCUAUAUAUUAACAUUUGACAAAAUGAAUAGAGCAUAACGAAAACAACAUCAAACUGAAGUAUGAACCUCAAGCUCAAGCUCAGGCCAAGCUUCUUCUUCUCCUUUCUGGUUUUCAUCUUUCUUCUCAAAAAACCUGAUUUGGGAUCAGCAUCUAAUAGUCCUAAAUGUAUAUCCUCCCAGCGCCAAGCUCUUCUCACUUUCAAACAAUCACUCACUGAUCCUUCUGGUCGACUCUCCUCUUGGUCCGGACCUGACUGCUGCAAAUGGCGCGGCGUUGGCUGCGACCGCAGAACCAGCUACGUCAUCAAGAUUGAUCUCAGAAACCCGAAUCAAACACUUAGGCGUAAUGGUGAAUUUAGAAAGGGUAGCUUGGGGGGAAUGAUAAAUCCUUCUUUGACCCGUCUCAAGUUCUUGAGCUAUCUGGACUUGAGUUCAAAUGAUUUCAACUUCACGGAGAUCCCCGAGUUUUUAGGCCACAUCGUUAGUCUAAGGUACCUGAAUCUUUCUUUCUCAUCGUUUUCCGGUGAAGUUCCUGCCAGUCUUGGGAAUUUGUCGAAGCUCGAGUCUCUUGAUCUGUACGCUCAGACGUUUAGUGACGAUCUGUUCACCAUAAAUUUGCGUUCAGGCAACCUCGGGUGGCUUUCAGGUCUCUCUUCUUCACUGACUUACCUCAACAUGGGGUUUGUGAGUCUGAGAGGUGCUGGUGAAGUCUGGUUAGAGGAUCUCAGUAGACUCGAGAAGCUGAAGGAGUUGCAUUUGUUCAGCUGUGAGAUUUGGAACUUACCUCUCUCUUUCCCUUCUUCGUCUGCGAAUCUGAAGCUUCUUGAAGUUCUUGAUUUGUCUCGAAACUCUUUCAUUUCACCGAUACCCAACUGGCUAUUUGAUCUCACCAGCCUCAGAAAGCUUUUCCUCCAAUCGGUUCGUCUCCAGGGAACGAUUUCCCCCGGAUUCAAGAAGCUGAAGCUUCUAGAGACGCUAGAUCUGUCCAAGAAUGAACUCUCGGGAGAAAUUCCAGCGGUUCUUGGAGACCUUCCUCAGCUGAAGCAUCUUGACCUUUCUGAAAACUCUUUCGAAGGUCAAAUCCACAGGUUUCUUGACGCCUUGUCCAAGAACAAAGGAAAUAGCAGCUUGCUCUCUCUCAGUCUAAUGUUCGACCGUUUAGAGGGGACAUUGCCUGAGUCGCUUGGCGCGUUGAGGAAUCUACAGAUUCUGGAACUUACAGGCAAUUCCUUCACUGGUUCGAUCCCUUCCUCUGUAGGAAACAUGGCGUCACUGAAGAAACUUGAUCUUUCUUUCAACUCCAUGAACGGGAAGAUCCCGGAAAGCUUGGGGAAGCUUGAGGAGCUUGUGGAUCUAAACUUGAUGGAGAACAAGUGGGAAGGUGUUCUGCUGAAGUCUCAUUUCGUCAAUCUUAGAAGCUUGAAAAGCUUCACUCUCGCAACUGAAGCAAACAGAUCUCUCGUCUUUAAGGUGCCAUCAACAUGGGUUCCUCCUUUCAGAUUGGAGCUUAUCAGAAUCGAGAACUGCCAGAUCGGCCCUUCGUUUCCAAUGUGGCUUCAAGUACAAAACAAACUCAACUCCGUCACACUCAGGAACACUGGGAUUGCGGAUAAAAUACCCCACAGCUGGUUCUCCAUAAUAGCUGCUGGUGUAACUGAACUGUAUCUAGAAAACAACAGAAUCAAAGGUACGUUACCUCAAAAUCUCGUGUUCCCAAAUUUAGCAGCCUUUGAUUUGAGCUCCAACAACUUCCAAGGCCCUUUCCCUCGCUGGACAACAUACGCAACAGAGCUUUAUCUUUACCAGAACAACUUCUCGGGUUCUCUUCCAGCUGACAUCCAUGUCUUGAUGCCACAAUUGAAAAACAUAAAACUCUUUCAAAACAGUUUCACCGGAAAAAUCUCAUCGUCUCUAUGUGAACUCACCGGACUGGAAACCCUGAAUCUAAGAAACAACCGUUUCUCCGGUAGUCUCCCAAAAUGCUGGCGUCCUUCAUCCGAGCUUUACGAAAUCGACGCGUCUGAGAACAGCAUAUCAGGCCAAAUACCGGAGUCUCUCUGCGUGCUGCCUCGUCUCAGCGUCUUGCUUCUGAACCAGAAUGCAUUGGAAGGUAAUAUCCCAGACACUUUCCAGAACUGCUCUGGCAUUACACACGUUCAUCUCGGAGGAAACAAGCUGACUGGGAAACUUCCGUCGUGGCUAAGUAAGCUGUCUUCUCUGUCCAUGCUUCGUUUGCCAAGUAACUCCUUUGAUGGUCAAAUCCCAGAUGAUCUAUGCAGCGCCCCGAGUCUACACAUUCUGGACCUCUCAGAAAACAAAUUAUCCGGCCCGGUUCCAAAAUGCAUCGGCAAUCUCACAGCCAUUGUGCAAGGUAAAAGCGUCGACGAGUACUAUGAAUACCAAGAGAUACGCGAUAGCAUAAAUCUUUCCGGAAACAACAUGUAUGGAGAAAUCCCAGCUGGGAUCUUGGACCUUACUUACCUUCGAAUCUUGAAUUUAUCAAGAAACUCCGUCGCGGGAAGCAUUCCCGGGAAUAUUUCGAAACUUGGUCACCUGGAGACGCUUGAUCUAUCAAGUAACAGGUUUUCUGGUGCUAUUCCUCAGAGCUUGGCAGCGAUAUCUUCUCUCCAUACGCUGAAUCUUUCUUACAAUAAACUGGAGGGGAGCAUACCUAAGCAGCUGAAGUUUAAAGAUCCGUCCAUUUACAUUGGAAAUGAGUUACUCUGUGGUAAACCACUUUCUAAAAAGUGCACAAGGAAGCAGCAGAAUGUUGUGGUUAAUUAAGUAAAUGUACCUGUUUACUCUCCCAAAUAUAAAUAAUAAAGUUAUCUGCUCUAA